UCCACCACAGCCUGGUGUUAUCUUUUGUAUAUAUUUACAGGAUGGCUGUGUUUACCUGACUUUUCAUCUAAAAACAAAGGUUUUUUUUCACUGAAGCUAUCUAAAGAACCAUUCUUGAUGGUUACGGAAUAUAAUAUUUACUACUGAACGGACACCAAACGUGGUAUGCUCAGCGCAGAUCUAGUUUAGUCAAAAAGCAUAGAGAGAAUGCAAUUCUAUUCUACCAUGUCUGCAGAGAAAACAACAAAUGCGUGUAGAGCGUGUCGACUUCUUUUGGGUCCAUGCACAGAUGAACUACGUGAUGUAUUACGUCAUCAUGUACCACCGUCGACAUUUCAACAUGUCAUUGUACAAAAGAUAAGUAAUCUUCCUCGUCUGACAGUGCAACAGUUAAAUCUAAUUUUACCUCGUGGUAGUACUUAUGCUGGAAAUUAUAAUGAUAUGGAUAUUCCUUUAUUGAACAUACUGCUUAGAAACAUAUGUGGCAUACCACCACACAAUAAUGGUUGGGGCAAUGACCCAGAUCCUAAAGACAGGUCUCUUUCUCCCAACAUUGAGAGGAUUUGCAUCGCUAGAAAUCAGUGUCUAAAUCUUUCCAGCCCAAUACUUUCCAAUGCUGAUUUCAACACAAUCUGGUCCACUGUUAGAUCAGCAGUUGUUGAUCUUGACUCUUUCCUUAACAAUGGAAAUCAUUUUGAAAAAGAGGUGGAUUUUUUGAGACAUGAGACAAUGGACCCUGUUAAUGACCAUCACUACCUUGAAGAACUGAGAAACCAGGCUGAAGAAAAUAUAGCAACAGGAGAAAUAGUGCACAGACUUAAACGUAAAUUAGAAGAGAGAGGUACAGAUCGAAUUGAGAAUCAAAACAAAAUGCUGAAAAUUAUUGAUAAUUUAUCAACUGCAGCUGUUCCCCCAAAUGUGAAAGCUAUUCAUGAGAUUGAUAUGUUACAAUGGAAAGAGGACGACAAAGUUUACUAUGAGUCAUACAAUUUCCAAGAAAUGCUGGAAAAAGUGAAGAAUCAGACUCAUGUAACAUUUGUUGGAGUCCCAGGAUCUGGAAAAACAGCCACAGCACGUCACAUCGCAUUGAUGUUACAACAGGAAGGAUACGAGAUUGUACCAAUCAAAGACAUCAGAAAGAUAGAGGACUAUUGUGAUCCAGUGAAUCCACAGGUUUUUGUUAUAGAUGAUGUGGUAGGUGUAUUUGGACUUGAAAAGACAAAAUUAAACCUUUUGCAUGAUUACCAAGAUAGAAUAAUGACACCUGUUAUGUCAAAGUCAAAAACUAUCAUGACAUGUAGAGAAGCUGUAUAUAGAAAAACAUUUGAGUCAAGUUCAUUUUUUACAGAUGAAAGCAAUAUUGUUCUGUUACACAGUGAAAAAUUUGCUUUAACUAACACUGACAAAACUAACAUAUUGAUAAGAUACAAAAUAGAUGUUGAUCUGUUGUCUCCAAGUUUGACUUCAGUAUCAAGAAUGUUUCCCUAUCUGUGCAAAUUAUUUUCAUCAGAAAAGAAAUUCCAGUUGUAUGGGUCAGCAUUUUUUAAAAAUCCAGUUCCAUGCAUUUUGAAGGAACUUGAAGAAAUGAAAAAGCAAAACAAAGUCCACUAUGCUUCUCUGGUUUUAUGCACGAUGAAUGAAAACAAAAUAUCAGAAAAAUUCCCAGAAGAAAUAGAAAAGAAAGCAAUGUUCCAUAACUUUAAUGAAAUGAAAAAUAAUGUUCUAUUGAAAUGCAAACUUAGCAGGCAAAUUGAUAAUUUUAGAUUCGUUGAUGCAUUGUCACAUAUGAAAGGGACAUACACAAAACUUUGUGACACUGAAUACAGCCUUGUGCAUGAUUCUAUGUUUGAAAUCGUUGCCUAUCAUUUUGGUUGUCAGUUUCCAGAACUGAUUUUACAAUUCAUGAGCAGUAGCUAUAUUGCUAACUAUGUCAAACUUCAGAAAAAUGAAAAUCAAUAUUUACUAAAGAAAUAUGAAAAUGAAAAUUCAUUAAGAAGCAGUUGUGAACAGGUUGAAGAGGAUGUUGCAUUCAGUUGCAAAAGCAAAGCUGGCAUGGAGUCAUUUGAUCUCUGUAUAAGGUUAACAGAGGAUCAGUAUUCCUUAUUAGCAGAACGUUUAUACAAAGAUGUAGAAAAUAUGGAACUGUUUAACGUUUUCACUAAUAAUGUUUUAAAACAGCAUAAGGUGUGCAAAGCUUUUAUUGAAGUUUUAAAAAGAAAGCCUUACACAGAAUUAAAAUCAUUGUUUCUGUUGGAGCAAAAUGAUGCGUCUAAAGUAGUGGGGAUAGGUGACUGUGUAAUACGGAACGAGCGUGAAGAGAGGGAUAAGACGAUUAAUGAUUUUCACAGACAGAUGGUUUUGAUAAAUAUGAGACAACCACCACUACGAAAACGAACAAGCAGCGUGAGGGUGAUCAGUUGGGUGGUUUAUUUCGGACACAGUGAGAUUUUACAAUACAUUUUUGAGCAAACAGAACGACACAAAGAGACUCAAUCUGAAGUGUUUUUGAAUCCUUUUCACUCUGAGUUAAGCUAUAUAAUUAAGAAAGGCGAGAAGAUCACUGCAGCAAACAAUGAAACAGAUAAGUUAUGUCCUCUGAAACCAUGGAGUGAUUCAAUAAAUCAAUCUGUUUGUGAACAACGUCGCUUACUCAUUUUGAGUUGUUACAGUGGGGAUCUAGAGACUUUUAAAAUAUUUAUCAAAUACGUCAAUCUAGAUACAAUCAUCAGAGAAUAUGAAUAUUCACACUUUGAUGAAAUAUGGAAUGACACACCACUUGCAGCAGCAUGUGAGAGAGGAGAAAUGAAUAUCGUGAAAGUGCUUCUGGAAGCAGGGGCUGAUGUUAAUCCCCAAAGUAUGUAUAAAACACCACUUACAGCUGCAGCCGAGAGUGGUCAUACAAAUGUGGUAAAUGAACUUCUAAAAUCAGGAGCCUGUGUGAAUCCACAAGAUAAAUAUGAUAUUCCGCUGACAGCAGCAUGUAGAAAAGGGCACCUGUGUGUUGUUAAACAGCUCCUAGAUGCGGGGGCUAAUGUUAAUUCAGAAUGUGCAAAUGAUACACCACUGACAGAAGCAUGUGUUGGUGGACAUAUAAAUGUAGUCAAGGAGCUGGUAAAGGUGGGGGCUGACGUCAAUGUACAAGGUAUCUUAAACACGCCAUUGACUGAAGCAUGUGAGAGUGGACAAUUAAGUCUAGUGAAGUACUUGUUAGAGGUCGGGGCUGAUGUCAAUGGUUUAUCUAAUCAACCACUCAGAACAGCGUGUAAGUGUGGACAUUUAGAUGUAGUGAAAGCGUUGCUGGCUGCAGGGGCUGAAGUCAAUCUACAAUGUCAUAAAGAUACACCGUUAACAGAAACAUGUAAAGAGGGACAUAUGAGUGUCGUAAAGGUGCUGCUAGAAGCAGGGGCUGAUGUUAAUCUGAAAGGUUUAUUUUAUACACCAUUGACAGCAGCAUGUGAGAAGGGACAUUUAAGUCUAGUGAAGGAUUUGCUACAGGUAGGAGCUGACGUCAAUCUACAGGGUGAAAAUACACCUCUGACAGAAGCUUGCAAGUGUGGGCAUAUAGAUAUAGUAAAAGAGUUGCUAAUGGCAGGCGCUGAUGUAAAUCCACAAGAUGAGGAUUAUACCCCAUUGACAGAAGGAUGUAGGAGUGGAUAUAUGGUUGUAGUAAAGGAGCUGCUACAGGCAGGGGCUGAUAUAAAUCUACCAGGUGCUUUUGAAACACCAUUGGCAGCAGCAUGUGAAGCUGGACAUCUUAGUAUUGUAAAUGAGCUGCUCAAGGCAGGAGCUGAUGUCAAUCCUCAAGGUGAAAAUGGUUCACCCCUAACAGCAGCGUGUAAAUAUGGACAUAAGACUAUAGUGAAUAUUCUGCUAGAAUCAGGGGCUUCUGUCCAUCCACAGUUUACAUAUAUCAACCCACUGACUGCAACAUGUACGGGUAGACAUCUACGUGUAGUUAAGGAUCUGCUAUUGGCGGAGGCUGAUGUAAAUCUACAAGAUAAAAGUAAGGUGGCAGACUCAACGAUUUGUACUGAAGAUGCUGUAUCAGCUUUGUGUAUUGCAUUAGUAAGGGGUCAAUUUGAUGUUCUAAAACAAUUAUUUAACGUUGAGGAUAGAUGUCGGUUGAUAAAUUUGAACUUACAUCUGUACGAGUGUCUGGUAAACAUAAGACAAGGCGCCGUUGUGAUUGAUAGUAAGGAUAAUGUGGUGGUGACACGGCAACGAGUAUGGCAUAUACGCAGUUUUGUGGGAGCAUAUAAGGCAAUUCAGUUAGAUAAAGACUCAAAUUUUAUGUCAGGAUUGUUUCAGCAAGCCAAGCAUGAGUUUGGUAUUAAGCGAUAUAGACCAACUGCUUAUCAUCCUGAGUCCCAAGGGACGCUAGAACCAUUUCAUCAGACCUUCAAAACAAUGCUGAAGACCUUUUGUUACCAAUAUGAGAAAGACUGGGAUAAAGGGGUUCAUCUAGUACUAUUUACUGCACGAGAGGCUAUCCAGGAGUCUCUUGGAAAAAUCUUAACAAUGCUUGUUAAUUUGCACGAGAAAUUCGAAGACUUCUCAGAUGAAAAUGAAAGAGAGGUGUGA